AUGUCCGCGGACCUCCAGGAGCAGCUGCCAUUCACAGAUCCACGCGACGACAGCAACGAGCAGCCCGCGACGGACACAGCCGCCCAAACGGAGGAUGACGAUGGAGACGAGUCGGAGGAGGAAGAGGAGGAGCCCAAGCUGAAAUAUGCCAAAUUGACGGCAUCACUGGCAAACGUAUACCGCAAUGGCGACUCCACCUCGGCCUUCUCUGUCGCCGGCGACAAGAUGGUUGUMGGCACUCACAAUGGCAGCAUUCACGUACUGGCCUUGCCAAACAUGCAAAGCUUGAGGACAUAUCGCGCCCAUUCUGCCAGCGUGACCAGUGUCAGUGUAUCGCCAACGCCUUCUCCGCCCGUCCUGGUGCGGGAGUCGGGUCAAAAUGCAGUUGCAAUGUUGGAGGCGCCGCAGCAAGGCAAAAGCUACAUCCCAGGCAUAACACGGACCAAUACCAGCGCAAGCACAUCCAGUCCGAGGACACCGCAAAAAGGACAGCAGCAACAGCAGGCUCCUAUUGCUAAUUCGCCGAGCAAUCAAAUCUACAUAGCUACCUCAUCGCUGGAUGGCCAUGUAUGCAUUUCUUCGUUGGUGGAUUCGGCAGAUGUUCAAUUGCGCAACUUUGCCCGUCCUGUAAAUGCAGUGGCAUUGUCGCCGGAUUACAAGAACGACAGAACGUAUCUAUCAGGGGGUCUGGCUGGAAAUCUGAUUCUCACCGUUGGAGGUAAAGCGGGUGUGAGCGUGGACGCGAAUACAAACAGUGCUGCAGCGACGGCUUCAGGCUGGUUAGGUGCGAUAGGACUCGGUGGUGGCAAUACGGGACGCGAUACAAACCUUCAUUCAGGCGAGGGCGCCAUCUCCUCAAUCAAGUGGAGUCUGAGCGGAAAGUGGGUGGUGUGGGUGAAUGAGGAGGGCAUCAAGAUUAUGCGAUCGCAUUUGAAACUUGGCAGUGAAGAGAGCGAAGAUGCGUGGAGAAGGAUUGCGCAUGCAGCUAGACCGAAUCGCAAAGGUUGGGAGGACAUGGCGGGAGUUUGGAAAGGAAGAUGCGAGUGGAUCGAUGACAAGACUUUGGAGAGCGACGAGGAUAGCCUGAUUCCGACCUCAUCACACGGCGCGAAGCCCGGUCCUACGUCGUCAGCAGCAGGGCGGAGGAAGAUUGAAAAGCUGGUGGUGGGUUGGGGAGAUACGGCCUGGAUUCUGCAUGUUCAAUCUGGAAGCUCAUUGGCAUCGUCUGCUACAUCGAAUGGUAAGCGACAGGUCGGCAGUGCGGAUAUUAUCCACAAGAUGCAAUUCCGUGAUUGCAUYAUUUCUGRCAUCUCGCUCUACACGCCUUCUUUAUUGGCCAUCUUGGCUUAUCGCACGCGAGACGACGAUGACAAGCCCAUUGCCACGUCUUCGCAACCAACUCAACCUGGGAGGAAAGGAAGACAGCACAGGCAUACUGCUCUUGCACCUCAGCUCCGCCUUGUGAAUGUGGUCGAUGGAGAAGAGGUCGUGCUCGAUGAGCUAAGCAGGGUCUCGCGCUUUGAAACAUUAUCUGCUCAGGACUACCAUCUCGCAACUCUUUGGCAACCGCCCCCGCUUCCCGAGAAGACCGUGCGAGAACAGCGAGGGAAGCUGGAAGGCCUUUGGGAGAUAUCAGGAGGCGGUUAUGCUACCAGGAUGUUCACCUCGAGUGCGAGUGUUCUCAGCGGGUCCAGUGGUGACAAAGAACAGACCCCAUCCAUGUCCUCGUCUAAACAGGACGGCAGUGGGAAAGGCGUUGCACCUGCACCGCAUCUCCUGACCAAGACCUCUGUCGAUACUGCGCAUGCAUAUUCCCUCCAGUCUGGUCUCAAACUGUUUCUCAUGAGUCCAUACGACUGCAUCCUAUCGGUCAAGACCGAGCUCGACGAUCAUUUCUCGUGGUUGCUUAGCCAUGAGCGUUAUGGUGAAGCGUGGAAUCUCAUCGAUGCGCGACCCGAGGUGGUAGCCACUUCGACUUCAGAGCUUGGCAGUCUCAGUCCUGCACAAACUCCCAGCUCCCCCAGCAGACAAGGUGCGAACGGCAGCCUUGCAGAUUUCUUCGCAGACGAAAACUCCUCUCAAAGCUCCGGCGUCCGCGGUACCGCGAGCGGAGAGAAGGAGACGGUCGCUGCGCAACGGGAGAAGCGCCGAAUAGGAGAUCUUUGGCUCCAACAACUCGUCAGCAAUAAUGAAUGGAAAGCAGCUGGUGCUGUUGCUGGACAGGUGUUGGGGACCAGCUCCAGAUGGGAGCAUUGGGUGUGGACAUUUGCACAGGCGGACAAGUUCGACGAGAUCACACCAUUCAUACCAAGCACAAGUCUUCGGCCGCCUUUACCAAGCCUGGUCUAUGAAGUCAUCUUGUCAAACUACAUUGUCAAAGAUCCAAGCCGGAUGGGACAAUUGCUUGACGAAUGGGAUCCGGAGCUCUUCGAUGUCGGAAGUGUGAUUAAAGCCAUCGAGGAUCGUCUUCACAGUGGUGAAGAUGAGGUCGCCGAGGAUGACGGCGAAGACUGGAGAGUUUUGAUGGAAUCUCUUGCUCGUCUCUACCUUGCGGAUGGGAGGGCAAGAGAGGCAUUACGAGCAUACGUUCGGAUUCAAGACGCCGAGAAAGUAUUCUCACUCAUUCGUGAAGCCAAACUCCUCGACGCUGUCGUUGAUGACGUCCCUGGGCUUCUCAUGCUGAGAGUGAGCAGGGAUCAGAUGCGCAACGCUCCACUCUCCGAUCUAGACGAAGCCACGUCCGAAGCAGUGAAACUUCUAGUUGAAGAAGCACAUCGUGGUACCAUCCCCGCCGAUUCGGUUGUGAGACAGCUGCUCAGCAAAGGAGACUCCUUUCAGCCAUUCAUAUUUUUCUACUUACGAGCACUUUGGAACGACAAGACUGCCUCGCAAAGCAAACGUGUUGGGCGGAGAGGCACAGAUCUUCGCCAUCUUGAAGAAGCCCGCGCUCUCGUUAACGAGCACGCAGAUCUCGCCGUUCGACUAUUCGCUGAGUAUGACCGACCUUUACUACUUGAAUUCCUCAAGAGUAGCGAAGUAUACUCAUAUGAUCGCGCUGCGGAGAUUUGUGAGUCGAGACAUUUCAUCCCUGAACUGGUGCACAUCCUCAGCAAGACCGGCCAAACAAAGAAAGCCUUGCUCCUUAUCAUCGGAGAGCUGGGUGAUGUUGGCGCAGCAAUCAACUUCGCAAAGGAGAAUCCCGAUCUCUGGGAUGAUCUCCUAGAAUACUCCAUGGACCCCAACGAAGUCCGACCGUCCUUCAUCCGCGGCUUACUUGAAGAAGUUGGUGCAGCAGGACGGUUCGAUCCCGUCGACGUCGUCCGCCGCAUCCCCGAAGGCGUCGAGAUUGAGGGUCUCAAACACGGCAUCCAACGUCUCGUACGUGAAUUCGAAAUCCAAAUGUCCAUCUCCGAGGGCGUAGCUCGCGUCUUGCGUGGAGAAGUUGGGAUGGGUAUGGAUACUCUCCGCGCUGGGAGGAAGAAAGGCGUGCGAUUCGAAGUGGUGCAUGACAAGGAGGAGAAGCAGGAUGUGAAGCUCAAAGUUCACGAUCCUCCUACUCGUCUUCCCGAAGGCGAAGAUCCGCUUCCCAUUCCGAAGCGUCUCGCCACGAAAGCGCAGAAACAUGAGGGAAUGGGCGCGACGAAACCUGGGCGAUGUGUGKGAUGUCAUGAAAUCUUUCAUGAGUUGGAGAGGGAACCCUUGCUGGGGUUUGCGUGUGGUCACGUCUAUCAUCUUUCCUGUUUGUUGGAUGCGAAUCCCGAUAUGAAGGGUUCAAAGGAGGCCGAGAAUGUUAUUGAGCAGAUGGAGAGGGUUGCAGAGGAGAAUGCGGAAGAUGGAGCUAUUGGAUUUGGUGGGAGGAGUGUAGGUGCCAAGGUCGCGCAUGCUCACGUUAUUGGCAAGGUCGUGAAGGACGGCUGCAGACGAUGUGGGGUCGUUGAUGGUGCGUAG